AUGGCGUGGCAACGUCGUCACCGCGGGCUGGGUGCCAUUGUCACCGUCGCUUGCUUCUUAGCGACCAUCUCGCUGUGCUCAGGCGGCAUACCGUACAACGUGACGCUAGCGAGCGUGACGCUGUUCCACAAGUACAGCUGGUUCACGGCGCCCGCCGUCUACCUCUCGUGCGGCGACGGCACCGGCGGCAACCGCACGGAGCUGCCCGGGGUGAACGCGACCAUGCGGUGGUUCAACUUCACGGGCAACGAGUCGUGGCAGCCGGUGGCGAAGCUGCACAGGGAGGAGUGCACGACGUGUGGGCUGUACGAGCACGAGUGGCUGGGAGACGCCAUCUACGACACGUGGACCGUGUGUGCCGCCAACUUCAGCAGCCGGGACGAGCGAGGCAUCUUCACGCACGUCAUUCCCUCCCGCUUCCACGUCAACCUCGCGUGCUACGAGUGCAACCACGCGCAGUUCCAGCGCAGCUCGGCUUAUGGUGCCAAUGCAGCGGAGGGCGGGGCGGGGAGCAUGAGCGUGUUCCUGUGGAUGGGGCUGGCGGUGGCGGGCGCAGGGCUGAUGAUCCUGCUCAUCGCUGCCAUCGUGUAUCUCGUCACCGAGGCCGACGAGCUGCUAGAUGAGAGCGAGAAGACGCGCUUCAUUGAGAUGGCGGAGGAAGGGCAUGAGGGUGGGCAUGGAGAGGAGGGGGGUGCGGGGGGGCACGAGGGGCGGGAGGGGCGUGGUGAGGGUGGGGAGGGGUAUGAGGGCAGUGGUGGACAGGAGGGGCGUAAUGGUAGGCGCGAUCGAUACUCGGACGAAUCUGGGCCGUUGAAAGUCUGA